AUGGCCUCGAAGCGCAAGGCCUCGGCCAUGGGUGCCACCGUCAGCGAUGAGCCUGUCGACCCCGCCGAUGAGCUGAUGUUCCUGUGCCUGGGUGGCGGCAACGAGGUUGGCAGGUCGUGUCACAUUGUCCAGUACAAGGGCAAGACCGUCAUGCUUGAUGCUGGCCAGCACCCUGCCUACGACGGCCUGGCUUCCCUUCCCUUCUUUGACGAGUUCGAUUUGAGCACCGUCGACGUCCUCCUCAUCACCCAUUUCCACAUAGAUCAUGCCGCCUCCCUGCCCUACGUUCUGGCCAAGACCAACUUCAAGGGCAGGGUCUUCAUGACACACCCGACAAAGGCCAUCUACAAGUGGCUUAUAGCAGACAGCGUCCGCGUUGGCAACACCUCGUCCAACCCAACCUCCCAGCCCGUCUAUACCGAGCAGGAUCACGAGGCCACCUUGCCCAGAAUUGAGGCCAUCGACUUCCACACUACCCAUACCGUCUCCUCCAUCCGCAUUACCCCUUAUCCUGCUGGCCAUGUCUUGGGUGCCGCCAUGUACCUGAUUGAGAUCGCCGGCCUCAAGAUCUUCUUCACCGGUGACUACUCGAGGGAGCAGGAUCGACACCUGGUCUCCGCCGAGGUUCCCCGAGGCGUCAAGAUCGAUGUCCUCAUCACCGAGUCGACGUACGGCGUGGCAAGUCAUGUGCCCAGAUUGGAAAGAGAGCAAGCUCUGAUGAAGUCCAUCACCGGCAUACUCAACCGAGGGGGCCGCGUUCUCAUGCCCGUCUUCGCCUUGGGUCGGGCUCAAGAGCUAUUCCUCAUCUUGGAUGAGUACUGGGCCAAGCAUGACGAGUACCAGAAGUUCCCCAUCUACUACGCGAGUAACCUCGCUCGUAAGUGCAUGGUGGUCUACCAAACCUACGUAGGCGCUAUGAACGAUAACAUCAAGCGCCUAUUCCGCGAGCGUAUGGCCGAGGCCGAGGCGGCCGGUGAGGGAGUUGGCAAGGGUGGCCCGUGGGACUUCAAGUUCAUUCGCUCCCUCAGGAGCCUGGACCGUUUCGAAGACGUUGGUCCCUGCGUCAUGAUUGCAACUCCUGGUAUGUUACAGAACGGCGUGAGUCGAGAAUUACUGGAAAGAUGGGCGCCAAGCGACAAGAACGGCGUCAUCAUCACCGGUUACAGUGUUGAGGGCACGAUGGCCAAACAGAUUGUGACCGAGCCCGAUCAGAUUCCUGCCGUCAUGUCGAGGAACAUCAACGCCAUGAAGAGAGGCCCGGCUGGAGAGGGAGAGAGAGUCAUGAUACCCCGAAGAUGCAGUGUUGCCGAGUACUCCUUCGCUGCUCACGUCGAUGGCAACGAGAACAGAGAGUUCAUCGAAGAAGUCAGCGCACCGGUAGUGAUCCUCGUUCAUGGAGAACAGCACAACAUGAUGCGCUUGAAGUCAAAGCUCCUAUCACUCAACAACGCAAAGGCGGAAGCGGACAAGACCAAGGUCUUCAGCCCACGGAACUGCGAGGAAUUACGGAUUCCUUUCAAGACCGACAAAGUUGCCAAAGUCGUAGGAAAACUGGCGACCAUCUCUCCACCAACCCGUGUCAUGACAUCGGAUGACCCAGACGCGCCCCUGGUCACCGGCGUGCUCGUGCAGAACGAUUUCAAGAUGUCGGUCGUUGACCCUGAGGAUUUGAGGGAGUAUGCAGGGCUCACCACUUCCAUGAUUACUUGCAAGCAAAGACUCACCCUGAGCGCUGCUGGUGUUGAUCUCAUCAAAUGGGCUCUGGAAGGUACCUUUGGCAGCAUCGAGGAGCUGCCAGAGACGAAGAACCGACCCGCCAAGGAUGAGAAGGAGAGCAAUGGCGAUGACAAGAUGCCGGAUGCCGACGAAGAGGUAUCACAGACAGUCGCCGCUUAUCUCGUCAUGGGCUCCGUCACUAUCCGUUGCCGCAAUAACGGCGAGGUGGAGCUGGAGUGGGAGGGCAACAUCGUCAACGACGGCAUUGCAGAUGCCGUCAUUGCCGUCCUCCUCUCGGUCGAGAGCAGCCCGGCGGCCGUCAAGCAGUCGGCCAGCAAGCACUCGCACUCCCACGAGCUGCCCGCCCGCAACCCGCAUGCGCACCUCGCGCCGCAGGAGCGCCUGGACCGCCUGUUCCUGUUCCUCGAGGCGCAGUUCGGCGCCGACGCCGUGGCGCCCAUCGCCAAGCCCAAGCUGCCGCCCGUGAGCAAGGACGCCAAGCCGCUGCUCAAGGCCGGCGGCGAGGACGCCGGCUCCGAGGCCUCCAUGGAGCUGUCCGAGGACGGCGACGAGGAGGACAAGCUGCUCGAGCUGCGCCAGAAGACCGAGCUCGAGCGCCUGCACAAGAUGGGCAUCCCCGUCCCCGGCGUCAGCAUCCGCGUCGACAAGGCCGUCGCCACCGUCUGGCUCGAGGACCUCGAGGUCGAGUGUGCGAGCAAGGUCCUCGCCGACCGCGUGAGGGUCGUCGUGGAGAGGGCCGCCGAGGUCACGGCGCCGCUUUGGGGCUGA